UGGUUGUUAUAGUGAUAAACUGAGGCCUUGCCUCUUGGCUUCUCAGCGAAAGAAAGGGGCGGCGUGGGGUGGGGGGUGGAGGGGUGUUUAACCUCUUUACUUCCCCCAGGGAAGACAGCAAAGAAGGGAAGAAGGGGGAUGGGUAGGGGAGAGAAAAAUACGUGACAAAGAAAACAUUCUCUGCCUGGGAGGAGACUCUCAGAGGGUGUAGAGCUGGAGGGAGCAUUCACUGGUCAUGCCAGUACUUACUGAUGCUGAGUCAGAAACAGGUAUCCCAAAAUCCCUUUCCAAUGAGCCUCCCUCAGAAACCAUGGAGGAAAUAGAGCACACAUGCCCACAGCCUCGACUGACGCUGACUGCACCAGCUCCAUUUGCAGAUGAAUCCAGCUGUCAAUGCCAGGCACCCCAUGAAAAACUAACCAUUGCUCAGGCUCGCUUAGGAACACCAGUUGACAGACCUGUCAGAGUAUAUGCAGAUGGAAUAUUUGACCUGUUCCACUCGGGUCAUGCCAGGGCACUUAUGCAAGCAAAAACACUGUUUCCUAACAGCUACUUGUUGGUAGGAGUUUGCAGUGAUGAUCUUACCCACAAAUUCAAAGGUUUUACUGUGAUGAAUGAAGCAGAAAGGUAUGAAGCUCUCAGACACUGUCGCUAUGUGGAUGAAGUCAUCAGAGAUGCUCCCUGGACUCUCACACCAGAGUUUCUGGAAAAACACAAGAUUGACUUUGUGGCUCAUGACGACAUACCGUAUUCUUCUGCUGGUUCUGAUGAUGUUUAUAAGCAUAUAAAGGAAGCAGGAAUGUUUGUUCCAACACAGAGAACAGAGGGUAUCUCAACAUCAGACAUCAUCACUAGAAUUGUCCGUGACUAUGAUGUUUAUGCCAGACGCAACCUCCAGAGAGGGUACACAGCCAAGGAACUGAAUGUCAGCUUCAUAAAUGAGAAGAAGUAUCGUUUCCAGAACCAGGUGGACAAGAUGAAGGAAAAGGUCAAGAAUGUGGAGGAAAGAUCAAAGGAAUUUGUUAACAGAGUGGAAGAAAAGAGUCACGAUCUAAUUCAAAAGUGGGAAGAGAAGUCAAGGGAAUUCAUUGGCAACUUCCUAGAACUGUUUGGGCCUGAUGGAGCAUGGAAGCAGAUGUUCCAAGAGAGGAGUAGCCGGAUGCUACAGGCCUUAUCCCCAAAGCAGAGCCCUGUGAGCAGCCCAACAAGGAGCCGGUCUCCUUCACGUUCCCCAUCCCCUACCUUCUCAUGGCUCCCAAUCAAAACUUCCCCUCCUUCCUCACCCAAAGCAGCCUCAGCCUCCAUCAGUAGCAUGAGUGAGGGAGAUGAGGAUGAGAAGUAAAGGAGGGAGGCUGGCAAGCAAGAGCCACACCACACAGGAAGGGGAGGAGGGAGUUCUGAGGAGGCCUGAGUGGUGUUUGAAGUAGAAGAGUCACUGGAGCUGCAGCUCAGCAGGGAGACCGUGAGCUCUGACACAGGAAGAUAUCAGGUGGGACCAGAUCUUCCUCAUUCUCCACCCAGCCCACCAUGAGCUCCGCAUGGAGGUUUCCAGCCAGACAACCUGCACCAACCUUCUUAGCAUCAUCUAGAGUCACUCCACUUUAACCUUGCUAAGGAACGGUGUGGCACACUAGGAACACUUGCACUCGCUGGGGUGACUUCUGCUUUGGUCUGUACACAAAUCCUCAUCAAAGAAACCACUUGUGGAAAUUGGCUGUUCCCUCAACCUGCUACUUCCAGCUCUCUAAGGGCCCUGCACGUUGCCUCCUACCAUCCAAGCUCUGCCAGAAUAAGUUCAUUUCCAAUCAAUGUGGCAAAGAAAUCGUCAAGUUUAAAGACAAAUUCUAGCCUGCUCAGUUCACCCAAACCUGAGAUUGCAAU